ACGAGUGUGGUUGAGACCCAGAGGCUCACAGCCAAAACCAGCCCCACACGCUCUUGAGCCUUCCUCGCAAAGAGUUGGACGGAGACAGCAGCGGGAAGGAAAUCUAUUCCAUUUUUAUUUCAUGGUGUCCAUCUCCUCUUCUCAAAAGCAGAGAACAGCAUAACACAAGAGUUCGAAGAGAAAAGAAGGUUCUUGGAGAAAGGAAGGAAGCUAACAGUUGCGCAAUGAAUCAAUAUGUUCCUGCUUGGAAUUUGGAAGAUGACUCCACAUCUUUUAGUGGUCUUCCUGCAACAAAUCAGAAAAAACCUAUUGAGCCAGACAAUGAGCUUCUAGAGCUCUUGUGGCAAGAUGGGCAUGUAAUCAUGCACAGUCAGACCCAUCGAAAAUCCCCCGCCACCUUUGGUGAAGUUAAACAAGCUCAGAGAGCCGAGCCAGCACUGAAAUGUGGGGGAGCUCUUGGGAAUUCGAGCGACUUAAUUCAAGAAGAUGAAACUGCAUCAUGGUUCCAGUACCCUCUUGAUGAUUCACUAGAAAAAGAGUUGUGUUCGGAAUUCUUCAAUGAAAUGCCAAAUGUAGAUGCCAGUGGUACCAAUAAGAUGAGUAAAGACACCACUGCACAGGGAGAGAGACCCAUAAAGUUUGGUGCAAACGAUGAAACAAGUGUUUUCUCUGGAUCUGAUCCAAAGCAAUCCAAUAUACGUUUCCAGGAAAACACAAUGCCACCUCCUAAAUCACAUGUUAUUGCUCCUACCCAGCAGGCUCCUCGAUUGGGAAAUAGCAAUUUCGUAAAUUUUUCGCACUUCUCAAGGCCAGUGAAGGCUGAUUUGGGAUCGUUAAAUGGUCGGCGGGGGAAGGGAUCUGGGAAGGGGAUUCAGGUAGGCGCAGGAGAGUCCUCGAUGAUGACAAUUGGAUCAAGAAUCUCCGGGAGCAACCAGACUCAGGCUCUAGCUGAUCCCAGCCAUACCAUUAGCGGUGAUGCAGCAGUAGUUGUUUCAAGAGGCUCAAAGAAGGAUGCUCAGAUGACAUCAUUAUCUGAGAGAGUGAGAACACACACAUAUGAAACUACUGUUACUUCAUCAUCAGGUGGCUCUGGUUGUAGCUUUGGAAGAACAGGACAGCAGAUUACCAGCAAUCAGAGCCACAAAAGAAAGGGAAGAGAUGCAGAGGAAUCCGAAUGCCAGAGCGAGGAGGCUGAGUAUGAGUCUGUUGAGGCAAACAAGCCAGCUCAGCAGUCUACAUCUACACGAAGAAGCCGUGCUGCUGAAGUCCAUAAUCUCUCUGAGAGGAGAAGAAGGGACAGAAUAAAUGAAAAGAUGAAGGCAUUGCAAGAGCUCAUACCUCAUUGCAACAAGACAGACAAAGCAUCAAUGCUAGAUGAGGCAAUUGAGUACUUGAAGUCCCUUCAACUGCAAGUUCAGAUAAUGUGGAUGGGAAGCGGCAUGGCACCAAUGAUGUUUCCUGGUGUCCAACAGUACAUGUCACGCAUGGGUAUGGGAGUGGGUCAUGCUUCUAUGCCCUCUAUACAUGGUCCAGUCCAACUACCACAAGUUCCAUUUGUCAAUCAGUCUAUUGCUUCAGCUUCAACAGCAAACCAGAGACCACUAUGCCCAUCUCCAGCCUUGAAUGCAGUGAACCUUCCGAAUCAGAUGCAGAAUGUCCAUCCUCCAGAAACCUAUGCCCGAUAUCUUGGAUUGCAUCCCAUGCAAUCACCUACUCAGGCAAUGAAUUUUUGUACAUUUGGAUCUCAAAUGGUGCAGCAGAAUCAGACAGCAGCAGCACCAAGCAGCAGCAUCAUUCCAACUGCUUUAAAAGUUCCUUUUGAGAAUAAUCAAAAUAACAACUCUGGUAAGUAGUGUAUGGUUAAUGAGCUUAGAGUCAAAGUUAAUGAGUUUAGUGCGCUAUAGAUUUUUGAAAAUAUUAAAUACUAAUGAGGACUUCAGUUUGUGGAAGGAAAAUAUGUAAUCACCUUUUCAUGAUCUAAUAAUGGAACUGAUGUUUUGACCUAUAAAUGUUAGCAUUAGUCUUUCCUCACAUUUUUGAUGACUCUGAAGUAUGGAGCUACUAUGUUGUCCACGACCAAGUAUGAUAAAGAAAAAUAAGAACCGGGCUGGUGCUAGAAUUUGUUAUCAUCAACAAGUUUGGACCACUGGUGGAUUAUUCCUUGUUCAUAUCGCAGAAUGUCAAGUUCAUAUAGCUCCACCAUGAUGUACUCCUUUCAGUGUCUCCAGUCUAUUUCUUCCAGCAAAAUCUAUCAAUCAGUGAGGCAAUUGAGUCACCAUCUAAUUUUUUUUCAAAUCCUUGUUUUUCUUUUUUUUCUUUUCUUUCUUUUUU